ACUAUUUUUCCAUCAUGAACGGAAUGCAACCCUUGCGUUUAAAGUGCUUUCAAGUUCGAAUCAUGCAGAAUUUAACCAAGUACUCGAAGCGAUAUUAUAUGGCGCCAAGUCGGAUAUUUAAUUUCCCAUCCAAAAGAAUUUAUUUUCCAAAUGAAAAACUUGUUUACAACGUUCAAUACUUGAAUUACGCGCACAAUAAUAGAGCUCAUAGGUUAUUUCUUUCUAUGUCUUAUCAUGCUUAUAAGAAAAUUCGUAAAGAAUUUCAUACUGAGCAGUCGACAUUGAUGUGCAGUAGUAAAUUUAGCUUUUCUCCAAGAUUUAAUAGUAUCAGAUAUUUUAAUACUACAUGUAGUAACUCCAAUAAACAAUCACCAAAGAAAUCAGGCGUAGAAAAUUCAGGCAAGAAGCCUGACGAAAAUGAAGAUAUGAAAUCAGUUCUCACUAAGCUCUCCAUGUGGCUUAUGGUUGUGUAUGUUACCCUAAUUGCAUUGAAAUACCAGAUGGAAGCAUACUCAAAUUCAGAACCCUCAGCUUCUGUCUCCUGGAAUGAAUUUGUAUACGACAUGUUGAAUAAAGGAGAAGUCGAAGCGAUUAUUGUAAAUCCUACUAUUGAGCAUGUUAUAAUUGUGGUGCAUGAUGGUGCUAUUAUUAAAGGAAAAAGAAGCCUGUACAAGAGAUACGAUAUGGCUGUUCCAAGUAUUGAAAAUUUUGAAGAGAAACUGAGGAAGGUAGAAAAAAAUCUUGGUAUAAAAGCAGGCCAAGGAGUACAAGUAAUUUAUGAAAGGAAGAUAGAAUAUAUAGCGAGUAUCAUAAGACUUGUAUUUGUUGCGUUGAUAGCCGCCGUUGCUUUUAGUUUUGUGAGAAAACGUUUCUCUUUUAAACCUUUCGAAAUUAUUUCACAAAUGAAACAGGCAAAAUUUACUCUAGUCGAACCGUUGAUGGAAAAGGGUAAAGGUGUCCGUUUUAAGGAUGUAGCUGGAUUAAAGGAAGCUAAAAUAGAAGUAAUGGAGUUUGUCGAUUAUCUGAAAAAACCAGAACGAUAUAAAUUACUAGGUGCUAAAAUACCACAAGGUGUUUUACUUUUGGGACCUCCUGGGUGCGGUAAAACAUUACUGGCUAAAGCUGUGGCAACUGAAGCGAGUGUUCCUUUCCUAUCUAUGAAUGGCUCCGAGUUUAUUGAGGUAUUCGGUGGUUUAGGUGCUGCUCGCGUCAGAGAUUUAUUUAAAGAGGCUAAAAAGAGAGCACCAAGUAUCAUAUACAUCGAUGAAAUUGACGCAAUUGGCAAAAACCGUUCAGAAAGCUCAUUUGGAAUUGGUGACCGUGAAUCUGAACGAACAUUGAAUCAACUUUUAGUCGAAAUGGAUGGGAUGAUAGCAAAAGAAAAUGUCAUUAUAUUAGCCUCAACAAAUAGGGCAGAUGUAUUGGACAAGGCAUUAUUAAGACCUGGCAGAUUUGAUCGACACAUUUUAAUCGAUCUUCCCACGUUGGAGGAAAGACAGCAGAUCUUCGAGACUCAUCUAAAACAAAUAUCUCUAGAAGACAAACCUUCAAAAUAUUCGAGAUAUUUGGCUUUUCUUACACCCGGUUUCAGUGGUGCUGACAUAGCAAAUGUUUGUAACGAAGCCGCACUACAUGCUGCGAGGGAUAAGAAGAAACAAGUAGACAGUAACGAUCUUACAUAUGCGAUUGACAGAACGAUUGGUGGUUUGGCAAAGAGAAAUAAUCCGUUAACACCUUCCACGAAACGCAUCGUCGCCUAUCACGAGGCUGGUCAUGCGUUAGUAGGAUGGUUAAUGGAACAUACCGAUGCCUUGCUCAAAGUAACGAUAGUGCCGCGAACAAAUUUAAAACUGGGAUUUGCACAAUAUACUCAAUCCGAUCAGAAGCUCUAUAGUAAAGAGCAACUCUUUGAACGUAUGUGUAUGACAUUAGGUGGUCGAGUCGCGGAAUAUGUGACAUUCGAUAAAAUAUCGACGGGCGCCGAAAAUGAUUUGAAGGCUGUGACAAAAACGGCAUAUCUUCAGGUCCGACAAUUUGGAAUGAGUCCAGCUGUGGGUUUAGUUUCUUUCGACGAAGAACGUAUUGACACGAAAAAGAAGCCAUACAGUAAAAAAUUAGCAAAUUUAAUGGACGCCGAAGUAAGAAGAAUAAUAGGCGAAGCAUAUGAACAAACUCAACAAUUGCUUUUGGAUAACAAAGACAAAUUAGACAUACUUGCAGAAGCUCUAUUGAAGAGAGAAACAUUAUUCUAUGACGACGUGGAAAAAUUAAUUGGACCGCCACCCUAUGGAAAGAAGCGACUUGUAGAACCAUCAGAAUUUGAAAAUUCUGAUCCAGCUAGAGAAUCCCCCUCGGUAGAGAGAGAACCUGUAGAGUGAGAAACAUAUUUAAAUUUUUUAUAUAGAUAUUUAUAUUCUGUAUAGAAAUUAGU